AUGGUGGCUCCCCAAGGGGCCCUUGUACAGGUGGUGGUGCCCCUAGGGGCCCUGCAAAAGGAGGUGGCACCUCCAGGGACCCUGACAGAGGUGGUAGCACCCCCAGGGGUGCUGGCGCCAACAGCGGCCCACCUAGGGGCUCUCCUUAAGGGCAGAAGCACCUCCAGGCACCCUCCCAAAGGAGGUGAAGCCCCCAGGGCCCCUGCCAGGGGCGGUGGCACCGAAGAGGGGCCUUUCCAGGGGCAGUGGUGCCCACAGGGACCCUUCCAGGAGUGCUGGUGCCAACUGCGGUCCACUCAGGGGCUCUCCUUAGGGACAGAAGCACCUCUAGGCACCCUCCCAGAGGAGGUGGCACCCCCAGGGGCCCUGCCAGGAGCGAUGGCACCCAAGGAAUCCCUGCCAGGGGCAGUGGCGCCCCCAGGGGCCCUCUCAGGGAUGUUAGAGCCCCUGAGGGCCCUUUUAGGGGUCCUCUCAGUGGGUGGUGGCACCCCCAAGGGCUUUUUUAGGGGCAGUGGCACCUCCAGGGGCCCUUUCAGGGACAAUGGCUCCCCAAGGGGCCCUCUUACGGCCAGUGGCGCCCCCAGGGGCGGUGGUGCCCACAGGGGCCCUUCCAGGAGUGCUGUUGCCAACAGCGGUGCACCUAGGGGCUUUCCUUAG